AUGACAGGGUUCCUGAAUCUCCCAUUCGAGGUUCGCAAGAUCGUCUACGACAACGUUCUGGCAAAUACCGUUGGAGAAUACAAACGUGUCUUCUGGGUCCCAGAUAUCUUGGAGAAGAACAUCGAUCAUCAGACCCUUGCGAUCACGUACAGAAGAGGAAGCAACUUCAGACGCCAGGGAAAUGGACCUUUUGGUGCGUUUGGCUCAGAGUGUCCCGCUAUCCAUCAUCGAGACACUGCGCCCUUGAUAUCUCUAGCUCGAACUUGCAAGUCUUUGCACAAGGAAGUCUCAGACCUUGCCUGGAAAGCUUCAGAUUUCAGAGUUCAGGGAACUCUCGACAUGAUUUGUGGAUUACUUAGUCCUCGCCUUACUCUCUGCAUGCCACUCGUUACCAAGAGUUCCAUCACAUCUCUAGAACUGGUCCUCGACAAACCCUGGAAGGUGAAUGGUCUUGAAGCCAUGGAGGAGAUCGUUGAAAUGAUCAACACCCAUCUACCUGCAUUGGAGGUACUUACUCUAAGCUUUCCACACCUCACGCUUCAUGUGCCGGGAAGCAAGCUCACGAUGCUCUCGAUUUGUCGACCAGCUAGAGCCAUACUUGCACAACUCCUUCCUCUGCGUCCUGACCUGCUUGUGGCUUUCAAAGCUUACUACCACGUAAUGCGUUUUGCAUACAGUCACUACCACAGUAGCUUCAAUGCACACACCCUGGCGUGUUCCCAGCUGGUUGCACUCCUUACAAGCAAUCAUGCAAUCGGCCGUGCAAAAGCCAUUGAAAGAAAGCGCAAGAAGGUUGAGAGUGCUUGCUUGGAUGCCGACUACUAUAUCCACAUGACACUUGGUCUACGUUCUUCCACUCACUACGAAGAGAUUGGUUGCUGUUUCGAUCACAAGGCUCAGAAUCACAUGAGGAAGAUUCACCUGCCCGGUGUCAAAAUCACUACGAGAUGUGCCCCACCAGAAUCAGAUGAUCUCGGUUCGCUGCUUCCCAAGGAAUGGGAGCAAAAGAUAGAGGACUAA